AUGCCGGCACUUACAUCAGAGAGUACCAAGCGGAAAGCUUCGGAGGAGGCCCUUUCCCCAGAUUCACAGCAACGGAGCAAAAAAGCGCGCACCGAUUCCCCGGGGGAGGAGCUCAAGAUAGAAGAUGAACCCCUCGAUAAGCCGCCCAUGAGGAUUGUCCCGUUCCCGGAGAAGCCGGCCGUACUCGAAGAGCGUCGUGGUGAGAUUGAGUUUCGUGUGGUCAACAACGAUGGCUCGCGCGACAGUUUCGUCGUCCUCACUGGUCUCAAGUGUAUCUUCCAGAAACAACUCCCCAAAAUGCCCAAGGACUAUAUCGCGCGCUUAGUCUACGAUCGGUCGCAUCUGUCCAUCGCAAUCGUCAAGCAUCCCCUGGAAGUGGUCGGAGGCAUCACAUACCGCCCGUUCAACAGUCGCCGCUUCGCCGAGAUCGUCUUCUGUGCCAUUUCUUCUGACCAGCAAGUCAAAGGAUAUGGUGCGCAUCUCAUGUCCCAUUUGAAGGAUUACGUCAAGGCGACAUCGGACAUCAUGCAUUUCCUCACCUACGCUGAUAACUACGCCAUCGGGUACUUUAAGAAGCAGGGCUUCACCAAAGAAAUCACGCUCGAUAAGUCUGUCUGGAUGGGGUACAUAAAGGACUACGAGGGAGGAACAAUCAUGCAGUGUACCAUGCUGCCCACGAUACGCUAUCUCGAGGUUGGCCGCAUGCUUCUCAAACAGAAGGAGGCGGUCCAUGCAAAGAUCCGGGCGUUCAGUCGGUCACACAUCAUCCAUGCACCCCCCAAGGAGUGGAAGAACGGAGCCUGCAAGAUCGAUCCCUUGCUGAUCCCAGCUAUCAAAGAGUCGGGAUGGUCGCCCGAUAUGGACGAAUUGGCCCGCCAACCCCGCCACGGGCCGAACUACAAUCAACUUCUGCAUCUGCUCAACGACAUGCAGAACCACAGUGCCGCGUGGCCGUUCACACAACCGGUCAACCGAGACGAAGUGCCUGAUUACUACGAAGUCAUCAAAGAGCCCAUGGACCUGUCGACGAUGGAGGAGAAACACGAGAAGGAUAUGUAUCCGACGCCGCAGGACUUCAUCAAGGAUGCCAUGUUGAUCUUCGACAACUGCCGAAGGUACAACAACGAGAACACGCCGUAUGCCAAGAGUGCCAACAAGCUGGAGAAGUUCAUGUGGCAGCAGAUACGAAACAUUCCGGAGUGGUCGCAUUUGGCCGAGAAUCACUGA